AUGCCUCGUGAAGUGGACAUAUCGAAUAUCGAGCGAAAUUUCAUACUUGACGCCCUCGAACAAGAUGUACGAGUCGAUGGCCGACAUCUUGACGAAUUCAGGACUCUCGAUCUGGACUUUGGAGAUGAAUACGGCACAGUUACCCUAUGCCUAGGGAAGACAAGGGUUCAUGUCCAAAUCUCUGCAGAAGUCACCAAGCCACUAGAAGAGCGGAAGUUUGAAGGAAUAUUCACUAUUGUCACUGAACUCAGUCCCAUUGCAUCCCCAGCCUAUGAGGUUGGCCGACAGACCGAACAAGAAGUCAUUCUCUCGCGCAUCCUCGAAAAGGCCAUACGCCGAUCCCGUGCGAUUGAUACGGAAUCAUUAUGCAUAAUUGCAGGAGCCAAAUGCUGGUCCGUCCGAGCUGAUGUCCAUAUUCUCGAUUCCGAUGGCGGAUUGAUCGAUGCUUCAUGUAUCGCCAUUGUUGCGGCAUUGCGACAUUUUCGAAGACCCGACGUAUCGGUUGACGGGGAAAAUGUCACCAUCUAUACCGUGGCCGAGCGAGUCCCGGUGCCGUUGAGUAUCAUGCACAACCCUGUUUGUAUCACAUUCAGCUUCUAUCAUGGAGGAGAUACCAUCCUAUUGGAUGCAACACGGAGCGAAGAGCAAGUUCGAGAUGCGGAAGUUAUUCUCACGGUGAACGACUUUGAAUUAUGUCAGGUGGCCAAACUGGGAGGGUGCGCGAUCGACGCGGUAGUUCUCCUCAAAUGUAUCAACACAGCCUUGGCCAAGGGAAAAGAGAUCAAUGGGAUCGUGGCUAAGAAGUUAGUGGAGGAUUCAAUCAAGCGAGACGUGGGUGGAUUAAUUGCCGAGCUAAGAGCUGAAAAUGAAAGAUGA